CCGCUUUCGCAGUGAGUUGCAGAGUAGUUCCGGUCGAUGCAGGAAGAAGCAGAGUUGAGGUCUAGAAAGCAAGCGCUGGGGGCGGACAGGACAGGACAGGACAGGACAGGACAGAAUACAAAGGCGCUGUAGGACAGCAACGCCCGUGGCGAGCUUCCAUGAGGGAAGUGAGGAUUUAGGAUGCGGUCGGAGAGAGAGGAUUGAGAAUCAAGCUCCCGCGGUAUAGCCACCAUGACUCCUGUUCCAGUGAUCCCAGAGUCCUAUAGCCACGUCCUGGUGGAGGGUGACUCCCUGGACCCGCUGCUGUCUGCUCUGCGGCUUGACUCCAGCAGGCUGAAGUGCACGUGUGUGGCGGUGUCUCGGAAGUGGCUGGCUCUGGGCAGUUCAGCAGGAGGGCUGCACCUGAUUCAGAAGGAGGGCUGGAAGCAGAGGCUCAUCCUCACACACAAGGAAGGUGCUGUCUCCAGGAUCGCCUGCUGUCCGCACGAUGAGGACUUUGUCGCUGUCGCCACAAGCCAUGGCCUGGUGGUGGUGUGGGAGCUGCACCUGGAGAGCCGUGGGAAGCCGGAGCGUGUGUGUGUGUCCACGGAGCACCGGGACAGAGCCGUGACCGCGCUCUGCUGGGACUCCACCCAGCACCGCCUCUUCGUGGGUGAUGCUGUCGGCAGGGUGUCCACCAUCAGAGCCAGCUCCUCCAAGCAGGGGAAGGGGGCUUCGUUUGUCAUGUUCCCUGUGCAGACUGUCACCACUGUGGACUCGCGAGUGGGUGAGUUCCCGACUGUUGCCCAGAAAUCGUCCACCCUAGUCUGGGAAGAGACAAACUAUUUAUACUUGCUUGAUGGCACUUACUCCCAAGCCCUGUCUGGGGAUAACCUGAGUCUCCCCUGCUCGAUUGACAGAGAGUAUCUACACGAGUGGUCAAAAUAG